AUGACGAUGGAAGGAUCUCGUCCGGUACGACAAACGUCAGUUCUGACCUCCCACAUCGACUUCAGCGCAACCGAUUUCAAAACAACCUGCCCAAACUUAGAUGACCCUGUUGUCAUCUCAGUCCACAUAGGAGAGUUAAUAAUAAAAAAGGUCCUGCUCGAUCCAGGAAGCAGCGCCAAUGUCUUAUUCUACUCAACCUUCAAAAAGAUGCACUUCAGCAACAACGUACUACAAUCGUCACCCGGAGAAUUGGUAGGGUUCUCUGGAGAAAAGGAUAACGUAGUAGGGACGGUAUAUGUCGACCACAAGGAGGCAAGACAAUGCUACAACGCAAGCCUUAAAGCAGUCAAAAAGGAAGAAAUACCUCGGAUACACACGGUGUACAACUAG